GCCAGAGUGUGCACCAAGUGAAGUGGAAGUGGGGACACACCCUCCUGUCACCGCCCCAGUUGGCGGGGCGGGCUGAGCCCACAGCGGGCUGGGCUCUAGCGGCAGGAGGAUGCGUGGCUGUGGGAAGGAGCUCGGGCCGGGCAGAAGGAUGCUCCCGAGCGGGCUCUAUCUGGGACGGUCGCUGCUGCUGCCGACGAUCCGAGCCCGUGACCGUGCGUGUCUGAGGCUACGGCCACCCACACCCCAGGUUUUAUAUAUGAAACUGUGUGGAAAUUCAAAAUACUACCAAGCCCUCCACUAUGGAACAGUGAUGCCACCUGAUGAAAUAACAGUUAAUUAUAGACAUGGUCUUCCCUUGGUAACACUCACUCUGCCAUCCAGAAAGGAGCGCUGUCAGUUUGUAGUCAAGCCAAUGUUGUCAACAGUAGGCUCGUUCCUUCAGGACUUACAAAAUGAAGAUAAAGGCAUCAAAACUGCGGCCAUCAUCACAGCAGAUGGCAGUGAGAUUCCAGCUUCAACGCUGAUGGACACUUUGCUAAUGAAAGGUUUUAAACUGGUCAUUAACAAACUAGCCUAUGAUGUUCAGUGUCACAAGAAAGAGAAGCCAACUGAAGAGCACAUGAUUGAGCUAGAGAACCUGAAAUCCUUGGUUCACAGACUAUUUACAAUCUUGCAUUUAGAGGAAUUUCAGAAGAAAAGGGAGCGCCAUCUGAUGGCAAAGAUUGACCACCUGAAGGAACAGCUGCAGCCCCUGGAGCAGGUCAAAGCUAGAAUAGAAGCUCGGUCAGAAGCCAAAACCAGCGGACUCCUAUGGGCUGGCUUAGCUCUGCUCUCUGUUCAGGGAGGGGCACUGGCCUGGCUUACUUGGUGGGUGUACUCCUGGGAUAUCAUGGAACCAAUCACAUUCUUCCUUACGUUUGCAAAUUCCAUGGUCUUUUUUGCAUACUUCAUCAUAACUCGACAGAACUACACUUACUCGUCGGUUCGGAGCAGGCAGUUUCUGCAGUUCUUCCACAAGAAAUCAAAGCAACAGUGUUUUGAUGUGGAACAAUACAACAAGUUAAAGGAGGACCUCACCAAGGCUACAGAAUCCCUGGAGAACGUGCGCCACUCCCUCCAUUUUCGAAUGCCAGGAGAACUCAACAAGAAGAAUUAGUCUUAAGUUUUUAAACAUUAUGGGGCUAUGGGCCAAUUCUGUGACUUACCAACCGAACAUUUUUAAGGUCAUGUUCAUUUCCAUUUGAUGGUUUCAGACAUUGUUUGAUUAAUAAAUAUGUGUGGAACUCGA